GCUCCGCCAGUCCGCGCCCGACCGCCGGAGCGAACGCACGUACUGCUCCUCGCGAGUGCAGCCCCCGACGGUGCAUGUGCCCUAGUGAACCUCAGUGCCCUGAAGUGGAGACUCGCAGUGCAACCGCUGGGCCGAUCGGCCCUGGCGGCAUGGAAUCCCCCCAGAUGUAUGACGCAGCCGCGGCACCGCCGCCGCCGCCGCAGCCAGACCUCAAAAAGGCGGCAGAGGAUAAAAGGACACCUUUCCCACCCCCGGACUUGGAUGAGCUCAAUGGACAGGAGAUCAGCUUGGAUUUACAACACCUCAUCGAGGACCAGUUCCGAGGGGAGGAGACGAUGGCUCUCUUCCAGGAAAUACUCCCCGGUGGACGGUCACCACAGCAGAGGCCGUUCGCGCGAACGACCCUCGCGUAUAUGCCCCAACCCGUCCACUCCGGGGCAUCGUACGCAGCCCCCGUGCCUAAUAACUCCCACGAACAAGCGCCUCCAAUAAAGGAGGAACCCCCUGAACCGCAUGACUUCAGACGAGCGGUGACAUGUGCGCAAUACACAGGCCAGUACAACGCACAGCCGCCAGUCGGAGUGAGUGGCCCUUACGGAGGAGGUUUCACACCAUUGCCUCCUUUAGGCGCUCCUCUACUGCCGCCCUUGUUAAAACACAAGCAGCCCCCUUCGAGACGAUCGUCCGGCAAAGUGAUAGACAAAGGUACGGACGAGUACCGACGGAGGAGGGAGCGUAACAACAUAGCCGUUCGGAAAUCACGCGAAAAGGCAAAAGUACGUUCGAGGGAAGUCGAGGAGAAGGUAAAGACAUUACUCCGCGAGAAAGAGGCUUUACUAAAGAGGCUGGAGGCGGUCACGGGGGAGUUGAGCCUUCACAAGCAGAUGUACGUUCACCUGAUUAACUUGAAUCAUCCGGAGAUCACAGAACUAUGCCGGUCGAUGUUGCAGCUAGGUGCUCCUCACUCGUCGGAUCACACGCUCUGACCGUAGAUCGUGAUAUCGUCAAAUGACAGAAAGGACACCCGUGUGAUAUCGUGCAUUAGAUAAAAUUAAGUGAUGCCUCUUCUUAAUGUAAGCUUAGGUAGCAAAUUACUUUGUGAUUUAUACUGUUUACUUUUAUAUACAUAUACAUAAUAAGUAAGGUUUUUUUUUUGUAAACGAUUUUGACAGAUGAAGCGUUAAACGGUUAAAGAUGUGAUCUCAAAGAAAGCCGUGACACUUCACAAUCUGUUCUAUCAGUAAAAACUUUCAAAAUAAUUCAUUCGUCAUUUAAUUUAAGUAACCUAAAGAAUAGUAUUUUAAA